AUGCGACCGUCCCUCUAUAUUCUGAGCCUCAUCGGAGCCGCGACGGCUGCUUUUACUGCCAAUCUUCGUACAAAGAACUCGGAUGUCGUGUCUUUGACCCAGGAGACAUUCUAUGACUUCAUGGAGGAGCAUGACUUGGUCUUGGCUAAUUUCUACGCGCCGUGGUGUCGUCACUCCAGAAACUUGGCCCCCAAAUUUGAGCAAGCGGCUACGGAGCUGAAAAGUGACAACAUCCCUCUGGUGAAGAUCGACUGCACACGGGAGGAAAGACUAUGUUCGGACUUUGCUAUUGGUGCAUAUCCUACUUUGAAGGUGUUCCGUGGCCCCGACUCGCAUGAGCCAUACCAUGGCUCUCGUCGAGCAGAAUCGAUUAUCUCAUACAUGAUAGACGAGUCGAUUUACACUGGGGCUGGGGGAGGCUUGUAUCUUCAAACCUAUGAUUGA